UUGAGCCUGUCAAGUGUCAACAGUUUCAAAAAUUGGGGUUAUGUUUUAUUUAUUUUGAUUGAUAAAUUAAAUUUUAAUUUUUUUUUUUUUAUUUGGAGAUAUGGAUUUGGAUUUCGAAACAAUUCAAUUGAUACAGGAGGAAUUCCAAACUGACUUCCAAUUACCACAAAGAGAAAAUAUUUCUGAUUCUAUUCUAGCUCGUCGAUUGCAGGAAGAAUUUCAGAGAGAAUUACUUUCACAAAGACCUUCCAACAAUCGGAAUGAAACGAACGACCUGUUAUUAGCACGUAAUUUACAGAAGCAAUUUGAACAUGAACAAAAUGCCAAUACUUCUUUUGGGGAUCUAGUGUAUGAUAAAAAAAUUAAAAAUAGAGAUGUAACGAAGAGUCUUAUUGAUCCAUCAUGGGAAGUCAUAGAUCCUACUCCUGAUAUACAUGUACUAUUCAUGGCAUUCAACAACAAGUUUUUCUGGGGAAAACUGGACUCUGUUUGUGUAUCUUGGAGUAAAAGAAUGAAAAGAUGUGCUGGGAUAUGUUCUUAUCAAGGACGUGGAGGAUUAUGUCAUAUUACACUUAGUGAACCUUUAUUGAAACUGAGACCAAGAAAAGAUCUGAUUGAAACUCUUUUGCAUGAAAUGAUACAUGCCUUGUUGUUUGUUACACACAACAAUAAAGAUCGUGAUGGCCAUGGCCCUGAAUUUCACAAGCAUAUGUAUAGGAUAAAUAAAGAAGCUGGUACAAAUAUUACGGUUUAUCAUAGUUUUCACGAUGAAGUUGAGCUUUAUCUUCAACAUUGGUGGAGAUGUGAUGGACCUUGUCAAAAAUGGAAACCCUUCUUUGGAAUUGUGAGGAGAUCCAUGAAUAGGGCUCCUGGACCUAAUGAUAGAUGGUGGGGCCAGCAUUCCAGAAGCUGUGGAGGAUCCUUUGUCAAGAUCAAGUCUCCAGAACCAAAAGUAAAGGAAUCGAAGAAAACCAAAGAGGUCAAUUCUGUUGAAGAUAUCAGAAAAUUCAUCCCCUCUUCUACCAAAAGUGGAAAUUUAGGUAACAGCCGUUCAAAGUUGAGCAAUCAAACUACAGUUAAAGCCAGUUCAUCUAAUGGUAUAACUUCCAAUAUCCAUAAUGUUUCAAAAUCAAAUUCUGGACUUUCAACUUCUGUAACUAUAACAUCAAAAACAAAUAAUAUACAUGGGUUUUCAAAUUCUACCAGUAAAACAUUUGUCAAUGGAGGAACUAAAAUGAAUACGAAUUCAAUAUUUGUCAAUAAAAAAGCAACCACAGCAAUUUCUCAGGAGAAAAAGAAAGAUAAUGAAAUGAAAAAUAAUACUUCAAUAGCAAAUCAAAGUACACAAAAUAGUGGUAACGGUAAUUCCAUUGAUUAUUCUACUGUAAGAAAUCAUUGGAUUAACAAAUUUUCAAACACAGAAGUUAGCAAAAAGCCAGAAACAUCUUUUUCUAAUAAAAGGAAAUCAUCUGAAAUAAUUCCUGUAGUUGCUAAAACACCAAAACUUAAUGAUAAUUCUUCUCAGGACUCCAUAGAUUGUGAUAGUGUGCAAUGUCCUGUUUGUGAUAUUUUCUAUCCGAUUGAUGAACUGAACAUGCAUUUAGAUAUUUGUUUGAGUAAACCAAAGAAUCAAUGUAGGGAAUGUAUUGUGUGCUUAAAGAAUGUAAAUGAAAGUGAAUAUCAAAAACAUGUGAACGAAUGCUUGGAAAAAAAUUUCAAAGAUACACCAGAAAAGAAAUCGCAAAAUGGUAAUAGUAUAAUAGUAAUCGAAGAAGAUACUAUGGAUAUCACUUUUAUAACUUGUUCAAUUUGUAAAAAUCGAGUCGAUAUUGAGGAUUUUGAUGACCAUUUAAAAAUAUGUGAAAAUAGAACAAAGUGUCCAGAGUGCGGAAAAAAGAUUAAUUCUAGUAGCUUUGAUAUCCACCUUGCUGAUUGUCUCAUGAAAAAACUUGAUGCAAUGGAUCAAUAUUUUGAUGAUGAUGGUAUUAAGAGGAAACCAGAGUGCACCAGUAAUGAGGAAAAAAUAAACUGCCUUGUUUGUGGUAAACAUAUACUAAAAAUCAAUUUAUAUUUACAUUUUGAUGAAUGUGUAAAAGAAGUAUUUGACAAAGAAGGAAAAGAAGAAGUAGAUGCUGAUGACAAUGAUGACAAACUUUACAAUUGCCCAUUUUGCUUGAAACUCUUCUCAGAAAUAGAUAUGAGUAGCCAUAUUGAUCAAUGCUUGAAAACGGUAGAUGGUGAUGCUGAGGCUGAAAAAAAUAAGACUCUGUUUUUGAGUGAAAUAACUGAAUAACUGUGAAUUUUAUACUUUAAUAUGUAUUCUAUAAGUUAUUAAUUUGGAAUAAAUUUACAAAGAAUUUGUUAAAACUUAAAAAAAAAUCAUAUACUUCUUGUUAGAAAGA